CCUCAAAUCCCUCCCACUGGGAAAAAUGUAAGCAGCACCCUCUGAAAGCAAAACGCAUUCUGGGAGACGGAAAGAGAAAGAAGAAGAGCGUGCGUUUGAGAGAGACAGAAAGAGAGAGAGACGGCUGCAUGUCUCUCGUCACUGCUUCUGAUGGGACUUUGAGAGAAGCAAAUUUUUCUAUAUGAGAGAAGCAAAUUUUUUCUUCUUCUGAUUUCUUAGUUACUUAAGGCCAUAGAUCUCAGCACUGGACAAGAGUUCUUGAAAGCUUCAAUGUCUAGCGGCAAAGUGGUUUUAACAUACAAGCGAAAGCGGCCAUCUUCAAGAAAUGGUCUUACCCAUGGCAAUAGUGGGUGUGAUGCACUUUUGGGACGUCCAAAUGAUACUCCUUUAGUCACCCCAGAUAAACAUGGUGCACUGAGUGAUGAGCACAUAUCAGAAAAUCAUAAAGGACAUUCAUCAAGAUCUCUUGAAUGUGUUGCAUGUGGUGAGAGGGGUAACCUCGUGCACUGUGAUGGAUGCAAUCAAUCAUAUCAUCUUCAAUGCAUAAAUAAGUCCCUUAAGAGGCAAUGUUGCCGUAGUAUUAUACAAAAGGAUUCUUCGACAUCUCAGCCACUCCAAAAAUCAAGUAGACUAAAGGCAAAGAAAAACAUCGAAGGAUAUGACUCAAGUGAAAUGAGGGUUAGCUCUAAUAAAUCGUUUCUGAUGAGAAGUCCUGGUGAGGGUUCUGGAAAGGACACUGCUGGCCCAUCUUCUGAGGAUAUAGUUUCCGACAAUAAGUUUGGUCACAGUCAAAUGGUUUCAUGUUCAAAUGUUAAUUCUAGCACUGCAUGUGAUCAUAAUUAUUCUGAAGGGAUAUUACUCCCUAAGUCAAUGGGGCUGGACCCUGAAAAGAGUUCGGACUUUGUUAGCUUGAAAUCUUCUUUUGUGACGAAGUGCAGCUUUGCAUGUGAUGAUGUUUCAUCUGGGUUAAAAUUGUCAAAUUUGGAAGACACUGACUGUAAAACUAAGUCCAGUAACUGUAGUGAUGCAGUUGGACCAACAAAACUGACCACUCCAUUUAUUACGUUCAGUCGAAGAUAUAAAAGAAAAAAGGAAAUGGAUGGCAGUGGUAGACAAGAAAAAUCACUGUUUGAGGAAAAAAAGUGUUCGUUGUUUGGCAAAUGGAGUAACUGCGCAAAUGGUAAUGCCCAUGGUCGAGCAACAUGCAAUAAAGACUGCUUAGUGGAUCAUGCAGCAGAUAUUAGCCAAUCAAAGGAGGUUCCAGAUUCUAGGCGUUUGUAUUGCCAAAAUAAAGAUAAAAUAAAAGAUAUUGAUUCUACAGAGACUAAUGCUGGAGAUGCUCCUGAAACUAAGACUUUGGUUUGCAAUAAAGAACCACCACUUGAUCGGGAAAAUAUAUCAAAGGAAUUCUCACCUGUAGCUGGACAAGAAAUAGGCCAGAGUUCCCAGAUUGCCAUAGAUAUCCAAGAAGAUCUUCCUAUGUAUUCUUCAGGAAUGUCUUUAAAUAAUGCCGUUAAAGACUUACACUCUCAAGCCAGAACUGUAGAUAAAGAACCUGAAACCUUUCAGGCCCACCUCAGAGAGGAACCUCAACUUGUGUCAAGCGAUGGUCUGAAAGCAAUAAUAAUACGUGAUUUCACUACAGGAGGAUCUCUACCUUAUGUGAACCUGUCUUUUACUCCCACUGCAGAUUCCUGUGAUACCAAGGGUUGUAAUAUUAAUUCAGAUCUGGCUUCUCAAAAGCAAUCCAUUUGUUCUGCACCACAAACUCUUCAGUGCGCGGACUCUGCAAGCAGAAGUGAUGCCACUUCUUUACAUGGAGUGCUUCCCCAAGAAUUGUUGGAUUCUAUGAAUGAGAGAGUUGGGAAAUCCUCUUCAGCCCACCCUAUGCAGGCACGUAGAGAUGCGUAUAUAUAUAUGGAAGGAGUUGGUGCUCACUGCAAAAUUAAUGAUGAAGUUUCUUUUGAGUUCUCCAUGGACAUCACACCAAAAGUUAAAUGUCUGCAGCUAUUUUCAGAGGACAAAAGCACUGAUGCUCUGAGCUUAGCCAUUACGCAGCCUGAGGUAACUGCUUCCGUGGUUUCAGAAGAACAAAAUCAUCUUCAAUUGGGAAGUGAAAGCACUCAGCUGAAACAAGAUUCAAAUAGAUCGUCACUCCUUCUAGGUUUAUCCUUACCCUCUGAGUCUAAAAUUGGAGGAUCUGGCUCCAAUAACUUCUCCACUGCUCUGCCCUGGUUGAACUGCAUCAGUGAAGCAAGAAAAUUUGUCCAGGAUACUGUGCCCGAAUCCUUGACUAACCAGACAUCAUCACUACUGGGAAACAAGCUGAUGCUUGACAGCAUUGUAAGCCGAGCAAAAGCUUUGAAUGGAAGAGGCAGUAUACAUGGUGACUUCAAGCCUAACACUAUCGUGUGGUCUGAAGAGGAGUUGGAUUUUCUGUGGAUAGGUGUAAGAAGACAUGGAAGGGACAAUUGGGAUGCCAUGUUGAGAGAUCCAAGAUUGCGCUUUUCACCAUGGAAGGUUGCAGGGGACCUGGCUGAGCGGUGGGAGGAGGAACAAUCCAAGUUAUUGAAUGUUACGCAUGCUUCAUUGUUUAAGGAUUCAAAUACGAGAAAUUUUUCAUCGAACUGUAACCGCAACUUCUUGGGUCCCAGAAGAGGAAGCCGGAGAGAAAAUAUGGCAGAUGAAACCCAACUCUCACUUGGAAAUUUAUAUGCUGACUUGGAGGGUAAUGGCUCCAAUAGACCAUAUUUCAGGUCAAGUUAUAUUCAAAAUAAUGACACUGGACAACUCCAGAGGCCUCCUAGUCACCCAUGGAAGGGCCCUUAUUCUGAUUGUCAUGGGGUAAACUAUGAUUGGGAGUCAUUUAAUUUAUUGGAAUGGGAGACUAUGCCAAGGGGCAAUCCUUCAUCAGGUGAUGGCCCCAUAACUUGUUUGGCAGCAAAAGCUAAUUUACCCCACUGGCUCAGAGAAGUGGUUAGUACUCCUCCAAGGUCAGCUGGGUCAAAUCUGUCAUUGGUUGCUUCAUCAUUUGCUCAGCCAUGCCCUGUACCGAGAAACAGAAUCCAUGGCAGGCUUUGUGGUUUCAGGACAAGAGACAUGCGACCAUCAAAUAGCAGCACUCAUCGGUUCAACCUAAUCAGAACUGGAAUGGCUGAACAAAGCAGGGAUUCUUCGAACCAUGCUAGUAAACCAGAUGAUGUUAUAAUUAUCGACAGUGAUGGUUCUUCUGAAGAGACCAUUUCUGAUGAUCGUAGUGCUUGAAGGAGGUUUUAGCAAGGAACACUGUGUUGAAUUGAUGGGGAGAAGUCGUGUAAGGUUUGUAUCUCUAUCUGCUGUACAGCUUUUGUACAAUAGCAAUUUGUAGAUGCAGAGAUUGAGUCGUGCUUUGUUGUUGUACUUUUUUGAGCGAGAUUGAACCAGUAAACAGUUGAAUGUACAUAAGAGUAGGGUUCUGUUUCCAAUGUA